AUGGCACUACAACUAUUUCCUGACAUUAGCAAGAUAACGGCUGUUCGGGAUGGCACGAAAUACGCCUAUAUCCACAUCCCCGCCGCCGACUCUAAGAAGCCCACCUUUUUACUUCUCCACGGCUUUCCAAGUACAAGUUAUGACUGGCGCCAUGUAGUACCGUUAUUCAAGGAACUUGGUUACGGCGUUCUCGCACCGGACUUACUGGGAUAUGGUGACUCUGAUAAGCCUGCAGAUAUCGAGGCAUACUCGUUCAAGCGGAUGGCAGAUCAUAUCAUUGAACUCGUGGUCGGCGAAGGGCUGGAACAGGUUAUUGGUGUCGGUCAUGACUGGGGCUCUACACUUCUUUCAGCUGCUGGCCUGAUUCAUCCAGAGCGUUUCUCUGGUGUGGUAUUUACGGCCGUUGGAUUCAGUCCUCCGGGUCCUUUUGAUCUGAAGUCUGUGAAUGCGAUGGUUCAGCAGUUCGUCGGAUAUACUGCAUUCGCGUACAUGGAAUUCUUCAAUGAAGAUGGCGCUGCUGCUAUCUGUGACUCGUACCCAGCUUCGGUCACAUCAAUGUUGUACUCCACGACACCCGAGGACUGGAAAGCUCAUAUGGGUGUAGAAGGUGGUGCAAAGAAAUGGGUCAGUAGUGGUGAUGUUUCUCCUCCUCCAUCAUGGAUGAGUCGCGAGGAAGUGGCUACGCAUGUACAAAUUCUCAAGAAAGGAGGAUAUACAGGUCCAUUGAAUUGGUACAAAUCAUUUAUCCGUGGGAUCGACAAGCCACUUCAUGCCAAAUUUGCUACUGAUGAGAGCAGGAAUCUCGAUAUUCCUGCACUGGUGGUCACAGCCGCGUAUGACUGCGGGAGUCGUCCGGAAUUUCAGAUCCCAGCCGCAGAGAAGCAUCUGUCAAAUAGAAGCAUUGAAAAUUUUGAAUGCGGCCAUUGGAUUCCGCUGGAGAAGCCAAAGGAGCUGGUUGAAUUGCUGCAAGAGUUUGCGAGUAGCUUAAAAAAAUGA